AUGGCCCAUACGUGUAGGGGAAGUGGGGAACUCAUAUGUGAGGAACUGCCUGCGGGAAUGUGCGCGUUAUCAGUCGCGUCCUCUGGGAAGCGAUGUUCACUGGAGGCCGGUGAUGAACCAGGAUUGCUCCAAUGCAAGACCUCCGAAAUUUCGGUGCAUGGCAUCCGGGAACAUAUUGAGACGGAUGAAUUUGUAGCCGCAUGUGGGGCUGAUAGGAAUGUUACGGGAAUCUCAUCAGACUCCCUUCUUGAUCCAAUAUUCACUGCCAAGCUUUGCUCUAAACACUGUGUCAACAACUGCCCCAACAUUGUUGACCUCCACUCGAAUUUGGCUUCGGCCGAAGGAGUGCUUUUGUCGAAGCUGUGCAAGUCAUUGGAAACCAGUCCACGCAGGGCAGUGUCUCAGCUUCAAAGUUCUGGUAUAGCGCCUUCCACUCCUGCUGCUGUUGGUGAAGGCCCGAUUUCUGCAGCUCCUGCCGCUCCAGCUCCAUCUCCGACGGGAAGUGCUGAUGCUAUUACUCCUGCUGUUUCUCCGGCACCUCUGUAG